GCUGCAAGUUAUUUCACUUUUUAAGGUUGCCAGUCAAAAUGUAACCAGUUGAUUUGUCUUUUGAUAUCAAAACUGCACAUACAAAGUUAUUGUAAAGAGUUGUCUUGUGAGCUGUGGUUUGAUUCAAUUUGUUUACAUCAAUCAUCGGGUGAUGGAAUCUGUUGAAAGAAUGACGGACACUGAGGUGGAUAAGUCAGUUUCCGAAAACGGUGACGUUUCUAUGGAAACAGACACAGAAUCGGUUGCUAAGGAGAAAGAGAAUGUCAGCGGUAACGACACGGAUGAAUCCGCUAUUUGGCCACUGGAGGAGCAAGAGAAGUUGAACAAAUUCACCACCCAAUCACAAAGUCCGGAGUCGUUCAAUGUCAUCAAUCGAAGCGAGAGCGUUUCAUCAGACAGCCCAUCUUCCUCAUGGUCUAUAAGAUCCCCCCUUCCACUCAAGCCCCCUAACUCAUGUUCGAGUCACUCCUUUCUUCGCAGAAGAAGAUCGCUUGAAAACCGCAUCCGGAAGACUUCUGGGGAUGCUCCGAAAGAUGGGAGGACAUCAGAUCAUCUGAGCAGACCUUCCUCUUUUUGGAAGAAGUUGCCUCAAACUGAGACAACCAUCAUGGAACAGAUAGAGAGGGAAAAUAAUCUUCUUAAACGUUGCAACAGUGCUCCGUUACUCAAUGAUUUCGAAAUGGCUGAAUUAUCAUCAGUUUACCAACAACACGCAACUCUUGGGAAAAACAGAAUCCGGAGAUUCAGUGCUACGUCGCCAGUCCCUGGGACCAGACCAACAUCACGUUUAAGGCUUCACCAAUUAAAAACAGAGGAAAGCCUUGAAGGAAUUCAAACCAAAGAAACAGCUCAUGAGAGGGAGGUACAAGCCACUAUACAGAUCUCAUCUAACUGGAGCGACUUAUCCUUGAAGGAACGACGAACAAGUUUAGAUAGUUGCUUAAGUUCCCCGCGUCAUCUUCCCUCCCCCUCCACAACACCAACCCAUAAACCUCACUUUCCCAUCCCAAGCUCAACUGUAUCAGGAGGAGGAGGAGUCAGAGUCCUUGUAUAAUGCGUCCAAGUGCAUUAGGAUCAAUAAAACGAAAAUGUGACUCGGACAACGAGGGUAGUAGUUCACCGAAGCGAUGUUUCGUUCCAACCAUUCCCUCUUUAGCGACAUCUGGUGCCUCGGGUGAUUUCACGCAAACCAAUUCAUCGCUUGGUCAUCGCGCCGUGGUCCAACGAUCACACAGUUUAUCAUCAACGGACAACACGGAUAUAUACGUAUUACCCAGCCCCCCACAACCCGUACCCCUGUUUACCCACCAUGCCUCACAUGGGUUCCAUCAUCCUUUACAUCAUACAUCAAGUCCUGUACAACCACAUCAUGCUGCAACACAGAUGUUAGAAACAACGAGAUCUUCAUCUCCUGCGUCAUCUACUUGUUCGUCUUCAUCACUAGAGGGCCUUAGAGAUCUACAAUUGUUAACAUCAUUAUCGCAUGGGGGAAUUCCCCAACCAAAGAAAGAAAUUAAAGAUGAUAAGCCCCCAAUAUCAGCUCCUACCCCUGUGGAUUCACUUUCAUAGAAAAAGUUCAAGAAAACCUGCAAGUUCCACUAUUGCUAAGCAACCAUGUGAUGUCAUUCUUACCGUGGUCACAGCCAACACACUGGGUCAAUUUUUGCCACUCGUUUUCGAGAAAUUUUUAAAUAGAUCAAUUGUUGCAUUAUGUCAGUUACUUGAAGUUUUAUUUAACUCAGUUUUUUAAAAAAGGUUUAAAGUAAUCCAAAAUAUACGAUAGUAUAAAUUUAUCAACCCAAAUAAAGGUAAAACAAAAUUUUAUACUAAACCUGAAUUGAAACUAUACCAUCGGUGUAAAUAUUCAGACAUAUCUAAAUUAAGGCAAAACUGAGUAUUAGACUAAAACUUUUUCAAUUCAAGUUUUCCUCUUUUUUUGGAAUGUCUUCUAUUGUCCAGAUAUAACUACAUUUCCUGACAGAGAUGAACAGUGAUGUAAUAAUAGGGAAUUAUUGAUUAACAAUGUAAAUGUUCUGACUUUCAAUCUCUUUAAAACUAUGUUGUCAGCUACAAAUUCAUCAUAAAAAACUGUUGUUUUUUAGCUGUUUUGCCUUUUUCUUGUUUUUUUUGCUUAGAAUUUUAAUAUACCAGUUUUUGGUAACUGAGUCCGUUUUUGAUAAAGCCAUUAAAACAAAUGCUUGGUUUUAAACACUAAAAAACGGAAUAAUAUAUUGUUAAAAGUUCAAAAUAUUGAAUGCAGAGACGAUUAGUGCAGCAUGUACUAAUCUCCAACACUGUGAUAUCACAAUGUAAAAAGUGCAUGGUAUUGUUUGUUAUCGUUGUUUUUUAUUUCUUAUGGAAUGGAUCGUUUAUUUAGGUGUUAUUAUGUCACAGUUUAACUAAUGUUACAUAACAAUUGGUUAGUUUAUGACAUCAAAAUAUUUAAAUAAAAUUUUCCCAGAAAUUUCGUUCAAAAUUUCCUUUCAUAGUGUUUUUUUGUAAAAUGUAUUCUGGUUAGUUUUCUACCAUUAAGACACCAGUGAAUUGACUUGUGUUUUGCAACGCUUUUCAGUGUUAACAAUAAAAAACAAAAGAUGUUUGUCCUACUAACCACCUUUGCUUUGCAAUAGUUGUUCAUGAUUUUAAAUAUACAAAACAUAAGAACA